UUCUCAUAAGCAUUCAAGAGUUGCUUACGUUCGGUUCGUUCGCAUUUCUUCUCUAUCUUAUAUAAUAUUAUAUUUUCUCCUAAAUCAAUUUUUUCACUACCAACAACAACAACAAUAAUUCAAACUUAACUCAACUUUUCAACAAACUCGCGUCAACUAACUUAACUUUUACAACUCUCAAGUCUAUACUUUCUAUUUUAUAAAAACAAAACCAAAACUUAUUUAACUCGACACAUCAACAACAAAAACAACAAUAAUAAUAUUUUGUUUGAAAUUGUUUUCACAAAUAAAAAUUAAAUUUCUACAAAAUUAAAAACAACAAUAAUAACAAAUAAUUUCACAAAAUAAAAAUACAACAAUAAAAACAAAAACUAACGCUUGCUGAGAGGAGCGUGAGAAGAGCCAAAAGGAUAUAUGGAGCAAUACAAUUACCAAAUGAACCCCCCUCCCAGUUGAGCGAACCGUUAUGUUUUAAGCCCCGUUGUGUAAAAACAAAACGUAAACGUAAACGCAAAUGUAAAAAUCGAUAAACCACACGCAGCCAACGCAAACGCAGCAAAACGUGUCCCUGUCCAGAGUCCAAAAACAAAAAGAGAGACCCCCCUGCCCAAAACACAAGAAAAAAAUAGAAUAAAAUAAAAAAAAAAAAAGAAAACCCAAACUCAAACUGAGACCCGAACACCAAAAGUACGGACCAAAGUUGACCAAAAAACACACACACACAAACUAAAGUUGGCCCCCAGUGCGACUCGAGAACAACUAGAACUCCUAGACUGAAGCAGCGGUCGUCGGUCGUUGGAGCUGAGUAUGAGUAUAAAGCGCAGAAAUGUGUAAAGUGGCUGUGAAAUUUGAAGUAUCCUAACCAAAAACCAAAAACAAACCAACAACAACAACCAAAAUAACCAAAAUAACCGAAAAGCAACAACCAAUAAAACCAAGAAAACCGCAACAACCAAUUUAUCAUCAUAUAAAACAAUAAAAUGCAAUUUGAAAUAGAAUUUUGAAUUAUGAUCAAAUGAUAAUAAGAACGUGAAAAGGAACGUGAGGCGCAACAAUGCGUAGUAUGCCAAGCAAUAAAAACUCUACAAGUAAACUCUAAACUCUAUACUAUAUUUCGGCGAGCCAAAUCUAUAUAUAUUUUCACAUGCGACAAAUAUUGCGAGAUAAGAACUGCAACAUUUCCUUUCCGCUUUGCCACCAAACGAUACCCCCUAAGACGGUCUUUGCUCGUUCGAAAGAAACCACUCGCUUCAGCACUUAACACUUAACUUGCCUAUUGACCACUGACAACCGCUAAACCGCUCAACUGCUCAACAUCAACCAUCAACUGCAAUCAACGACUUAACCAAAGUAAACCAACAACCAACAACAACACAACCACACGCUCCAGUUACGUCCCUUCCUUACACCCCCCUCAUAAUGCCGCGUUGCCUGAUUGCCAAGAAAUGGAAGGCGUAUCCUUGGCUGGAUCGUGCCGAGGAUAAUGCGCAGCACCCCAACAACACAACCGCAACCACAACGACGACGGCAGCGACGACGUCGACGACUUCCAGGGAUGAGGAAAUGUCACCUUUGCCAAAUCUCAAAUCGCGUCGCUCGACACUCGAUGAUGAUGAGGAGAUCGAUGUUGUUGGUGACAAGCUAUUGACCAAAUCGGAAAAACAACGCACAACACAACAAGGAGCAGCCGUCGUAGCUGCUGCCACAGCAGAAGCAACAAACGACAGCACAACAGCAACAGCGUCAGCGACAGCAACAGCGACAACAACAACGGCAGCAACAACAACAACAACGGGCAAGUGUUGGGGUCCCAGCUCACCAACGGCGGGCACCACAGCGCCCAGUCCGCCACCGCAUUCGCCCGAGGCAGCGACACGAGUGGCCAGCAACAAUGUCUACAACGGCUACACACGUGAACUGUCGCCGCUGCACUACACCGCGUACCUGCCCAGAAUGGAGAGCGAAAUAACCGUUAUACGUGCAGCAGCCACAGCGUUGGUGGCAGCAGCCGCAACCAGUGGAGCGGGCGAACAGCAUUUGGCCGCUUAUCAGACACCGCCUUCGUCCACCACAUCGUCGCCGUCGUGUUCGCCGAGUGGCGCUGGCCACAGCCACAGCGAUCGCUUCAGUCCCAGUGUGCACAUCAAAAUGGAAUCCGGACAGACAUCGAGUGAGCGCAAAUGCUUUAGCAGUACGGGUGCAACGUUGUCGCUGCCGCCAAAGAAGAAGGACAUCUACAGGCCGUAUUCGCUGGACGAUAAGCCAGCUCAUGGUUAUCGGCGACGUGUGCCAGCCGAGGAGGAUUUGCAUGCGGCACACGCUAUACUAGAUCUCAGCGCAUCGACAGCAUUUCACCCGCCCACGCAGCCACAUCAACUACAGCAGCAGCAGCAGCAACAGCAUCAACAUCAAUUGCCCCUGCAGCAACAGCAACAUCAACAACAGCAGCAGCAACAGCAGACGGAGCAACACGCGCUGGGACACAUGCAACACACACAUGGACACAUUCACUCGCACUCGCAUUCGCAUUCACACUCGCACACACACGCCCACGCCCACACCGCGCCGCUUUUGGAGGCGCAUGCGCAUGUGCGUAGCACGUCAUCGAUUGCCGAACUGGCUGCUGCAGCGAGCGCGGUAAAUGAACAACGCCCCUUGAGCAAUGCCUCCUCCAGCGCAAGCAGCAGCCACCUGCCACCCAGCAGCCCCGCCAGCAACAGCAGCAGCAACAGCAAUCACAGCAACAUUAGCAACAGCAGCAGCAACGGCGGCAACGUGCAGAACGAGAACAGCAACACAACCAACACGAAUCAGUUGCGUCCUGGCCUCGGCCUGGGCCUGGGUCUGAGUCUGGCACAGGAAUGCGAUGUGGAUGCCGAUGGCAAUGGGCAGCCAGCCAAAACGGUUGCCUACACAUACGAGGCCUUCUUUGUGAGCGACGGUCGCUCGAAGCGCAAGCAUGUCGCCGACCCAGCUGCCGUUGUCGUCCAGGAUCAACAGAAGACCAAAUACACGUGCUCCGAAUGCGGCAAACAAUACGCAACCUCGAGCAAUCUGUCGCGCCACAAGCAAACGCAUCGUUCCCUCGACUCGCAGUCGGCCAAAAAGUGUCACACCUGUGGCAAGGCCUACGUCUCGAUGCCCGCACUGGCAAUGCAUGUGCUGACGCACAAGUUAUCCCAUAGCUGCGGUGUCUGUGGCAAACUCUUCUCGCGACCCUGGCUGCUGCAGGGACAUCUGCGUUCGCACACCGGCGAGAAGCCUUACGGCUGUGCGCACUGCGGUAAGGCGUUUGCGGAUCGCUCGAAUCUUCGGGCGCAUAUGCAGACGCAUUCGGUGGACAAGAACUUUGAAUGCAAGCGAUGCCACAAGACGUUCGCGCUCAAGUCGUACCUAAACAAGCAUCUGGAAUCGGCCUGUCUCAAGGACGAGGAGGAGCUGAUGAUGGCCAUGUCGCUGCACGGUCACACCGACAGCAACAGCGAAAGCGGUGCCAGCAUGGCAUCCUCACCACCGCACGAGUUCCUCGAACGCGUCAAGGUGGAGUCAUCGGCAGCUGGAGGCGCAGGCGGCGGAGGUGUCACCUAUGCCAUGUAAAAAGAACAAAGUUGAGUAAGUGUGCAAUGCAUAAUUGUCUGGCAAUGCCAAAGAAAAAACAAAACAAAGCAAAAGCAAAAUGAAAAAAGCAAAAAAGAAAAUCCCUAGUUAAUUUACCGUUACAAAUGUUACAAAAGUUAUCGUUACCGAUCGAUAGCCGCGUUAUCGAUAGCGACAUCAAAACCGCUAACAGUUUUUAUAUAUACGAAAUACGAUUACAUACUUGACAUCACAAUACGUCCAAAAGCAAGUGUAGUAGAGUAACACAGAGACUGUAGAAAUUCGCAUUAGACACAUUAGGCAGCAAAUACCAUUAAACAAAGAAAAAAAAACUAAAAAAAAAAUACAAUACAAGAAAACGAAAUGAAGAGUGACGAAAGUAAAAUGAAAGCAAAAAAUACACUUAGUAAACCUAAUCUCGUUCUUCUUUUAGUCAUAUAAGCGAGUUGAACAUUCCUAGAACCCAACAUAAGCAUUCCAUAAGUAAUACACACACCAAACACACCACACACACACACACACAUACACUUUGACACCACAGAGAAAGCCUUUUGCAAGUUGGUGUAAACCGAAUGCAAACCCAAAACCUGAACUUGAGCAAUUCUAUCGCUAGCAAUAGCGCUAUCUAAUCUAUCUAUCUUACGAUAUGCAUUACAUACUAUAUAAUGAUGUACUAUAACCUGUAGCCUAUCUAACAAGAAAAACAAAAACAAAAACGAAAACAAACACACACUUUUAAUCUUUAGCUCUCCUCUCCUCUAACAACUAACUCUACUCCUAAGCUAAUCAAAUGGUAUAUUAAUUGAGAAGAAAAAACAAAAACAAACGAAAAAUGAAAAAAACACAAAAAACGAAAAUUAAACCAUUCUCUUUAAUCCAAGAAAAAACAACGUUGACGAAGACGUAGACGAAGUGAUUAAAAUUAAUGCAACGAAUACAAAAGCAAAUGCAAUGUUUCUCAAACAACGAAUUAGGUCUUAAGGGCAGCCUAUCUAUAAGCAGUAUAUAGUAGCGCCACAGAGCAGCGAAUUUAGCUGCAAUUUUUUCACAACAUUCUUAAACUAAGUCACACACACAUAGCUGAACAAAAAACGGCACUAGCAACACAUUAAGAAAAACACAAAGCACUUAACAAAAAAAAUCAAAUAUUAAAAUCCCCCAAAAAUUUAUAAAUAAUUCCCACACAAAAAAAAAAAAGAAAAUAUUGAGAUAAAUUCGAAAAGCAAUAACAUUUUAGAAAACAUCGAAAACAUUAUUGGCACAAUUUUAAAUUGAAAUCAACAUUUUUGGUAGAGUUUUCAACAGUUAGUUUUGUUCUGAGUUCAAUUUGAAGGCUAGAGAGACAUUGGAAAGGAGGGGAAUCAGAAAACAUAACAUAUAUUUGGGCAUUUCAUUUGCAUUAACAUCAUGUCCCAACUUAUAAUAUAGUCAAUUAGCAUUCCAGGCAAUUACCAAAAACAUUAACAAUAAAAAAUGAAAGCUAAAUUAUUUAUUAUUAUGCAUAGAAGGCAAAGAAUCUAGUCGCUGUCUAACAGCAAUAUUAUUAUUUAAUAUCAAGAAGAGUAGGAAGUUUAUUUAUGUAGAGACCCCAGACCCAGUUAAACUUUUACCAGUACGAAUAGUUUUAGAGCAUUGCAUUCUUUUGUGGCCCAUUUACGAUUACAUCAAUUAUAGCGACAAAGACCAAAAAAACAAAAUGAUUUGAUUCAUAUUCAAAUCCGUAUUCGAUCGCAUUAAUCGUGCCCCCCAAAAUCGAAUCGACAAAACACAAAACAUACAACAUUUAUCGAGUGUGAUCUAGUCUCAAGCAUUUAACAGUACACUUCGUCCAUGCGUAAUAGAACAGAAAGAUGAAAGAUAAAAAAUGAAGGAAACAAACUACUUUUGCACUUUUCAAGUACUUACAAUCGUAACGACCCUAGUACGAUAUUACUUAAUCCUUAACUUAUAUUAUGUAGCUCAUAUGUUCAUCAUUCAUUAUUCGCAAUUACACCCCCUCACACACACACACACACAUAAUACUUACGAGUACGCUGCACAAACAAAAAAAAUACCCUGUAAAUACUUAGUAUUUAAUCCACAAAGAAAAAAAAAACACACACACACACAAAAAAUACUCGUACUUAUCACUUACACUGAAAAUCAGCUUCAGCGACCGAUCUCAAAAUAUAUAUGAAGAAAAAAGUGCAACGAACUUUUGUGGCCAUAGUCAUAGAGAACUUAGCCUAUAAAGUAGCAAUGUUUAGAUCAAAAAACAAAAGAAACCCAGUGGAAAGUUGUUGGUAUGUCUAAGCGAGCGAAGAGGAAUCUAUAUAUACAUACAUACAUUAUAUAUAUACAACAUUUAGAAUACGUAUGUAGUUGCGUAAUAUUUACAAUAUAUAUAUGCUAUAUAUAUAUUACAAUUAGAGAUAGUAUACAAUAUACUCUUAAGUUAAACUAGUAAGUAUAAUUACGACAAAAUUAUUUUUAUACUGUUUAAAUAAUGAAGAAGAUGCGAGAGAGAAGUGAAAGUUUUGCAUUUCGUAUUCGGUGCGGGUGACAACCCUAAAGCGAAUGGCGAAUGCAAAACUUUUAUGGAAUAAUCGAAUCGAUAUCGAAAUAUCGUCAUCGAAAUCGGCUAAAGUACCAAAGCAAUACUCAAAUGAACAGCAAAAUAACAAAGCAAACAAUGCGAACAAAUAUUCAAUUAUAACUUUAAACAAAAAAACAAGCUACUUAUAGUCAUAGUUACCAACUUAUUAUUACUAUUAUCAUUUGUAUUAUUUUCCCAGUGAAAAUACACAUAUACAUAUAUAUAUAUAUACUUCAAUUUGUUUGUUUUUGUAUUUGUCGAUGAGAGUUCAUUUAAAAUUUACAAAAGAAAAUACGAAAAAACAAAAAUUAUUAAUUAAAGCCCGGCAAUAAUAUUCAAUUUUGUAUAACAAUGUAAACAAUGCAAAAAGCAAAACGAAAAAAAAAAUGAAACCAAAUGCAUAAUUAAUUAUGUGAAUGAAAGCAAUAACAUAAAGGUUAAUCAAUUUAUUUAGAAUAUAAGUAAUCUAAGGUUGAAACUAUUUAAAAUUAGUAAUGACAGCACACUUGUAUUUAAACAAAACCGAAAACAAUUACAUGAAACAAUUAUAAAGUUAUAAAUAUACAAUACAUAUACAUAAUACUUACACUAUACAAAACAAAACCAAUUGUUUUUUUAUUUUUCAACUUUUUUUUUUUUGAUUAAGCGCUGUUCUGAUUUACACUUCCGCAAAUCAUUUCAUAGCAAAAGCAUACGGAUUUUAAUCUUCUAAAAGUAUGUUUUAUCUCUGUGAAAUUGUAUUUGAAGUGCAAUUUGGUAUGUGAUUUUUAUUUGCUUUAUAUAUAUUCCUUGGAUUUUAUAAGGCAAAACUGGACUCAUUUACUUUACACUUUUGAUUUAUGAUUAACGUUGAAAAUACGUUGUUAUUUUUAAUAAUGAAAGCAGGUCAAUAGAACAGAGGAACCCAAAAGCAAUUCGUAUAUUGUGAUAUUCCCACACAAUUAAAAAAGCUUACAAGUAUCCAUAAUUUCUUCAUUUUGCUCAACAGAAAAUCCAACAAAAGUUGAAAAUGAUUGCAAAAUAUAUAAGGCAAAUAUUAUUGAAAUGAGCUCCAGAAACUAUAAAUAGCAUAACGUGUAUCGAGAAGCAAUAAAACGUAGUUGUAAUCCUAUAACAAAUAUAAAUUUGAGAGAAAACAAAAGAAAAGAAAAGGAAAUAUUUUAAACAUUUUUAAAUAACCUAAAGACACGUAGUAAAUAAAUUGCAUAUAAGCAUAUAGUACUUCAAUACUAUAGAACUAUAUACAUAUACAUACAAUCUAUAUAUAUAUAUAUACAUAUUAAUAUAUUUGGAAAAGCUUUACUCCAUCAAGAAAUCGGCGGUUACAUUUUUGUUUUCAAAAAGUGCCCGUUUUAUGGUUUUCAUUUAAUUUUUCGCUAGGUUUCGUCACAGCCACGCACACACACACAACCACACACACACACACAUGUUAUAGGUUCGUCCAAGCAUUAUAAGGAUCAUGGCAUUAUUGUUAGAAUUGAGAGAAGUGAAAAGCGGAAUAAAAAAUUGUUAAAGUUGAUGAAAUUUUUUAGCAUAGCAUAUUAACGACAUAGUUGUAUAUCAUUGGAACCAGCGCAACUUUAAAUACUACUUACAAUUGUUGAAUUCAGUAUUUGGUAGCAUUAGGUUCAUGAUCCAUUGUUUCCAUUAUCUGUUGCUAUCCCUUACCUCGCCCUCCUCUUCCCCUCGCUACACUACGCAUUACGCUCUGACAAUGUUGUCCUUUUUGUGUCAAUGCAUUUUAACGAGCGCUCGUUAGGAACACCCAAACAAAGGGAAAUGUAAUAAAGAAUAUACAGAAAAAAAGAAAAGAAAAGAAGAUGAAAAAAUAAAGUGAGACGCCAACUGCGUCAGCGCGUGGCUCAUCCCCCCGACCAUGGCACAUUUCCCCCCGCCUAAGCGUAUCCAAAACCCUUUGUCCAGAGACCAAAAAGUGGCAAUAUUAAAUUCUUAACAGUUUAAUUUGCAUUGGGUCUGUAUAUAGCGUAUUAUAAUUAAAAUUAUUAUUGCAAUUGUUUUUAUGAUUUAUUCCUUCUUUUUCUUUAGCUGAGCUGAGUUUCGCGUGUCAUUUUUGAAACAAUUUCACACAAAAAUAUGCACAGCAUAUGUUUGAGAACGUUUUAAGGAAACUCCAUCAAAUAAUAAACUGCAUAUUAUUUUGUGAAUUUGGGUUGAAAAUUAAACCCGAAACUAAACUCUGACACCGCAGUAUUUACACAACAAGCAAAACGCGUAGUGGAAAUGAAAUGAAAAUAAUGAAAAUGAUGUAUAAAUAAUAAGCAAACAGCAAUGAUUAAACCAAAUGAAAGACUUAGCACGUUAACACAAAUAUAAACAAAACAAAAACGAAAACGAAAAAAAAACUAACAUUAAAUUGAACUAAUAAAGUAAACCAAAAAAUCUAUAAAGACAACAACAAGAUGAUGAAGUACAGUAACAACAACAAAAAUAAAAGACUUAACACUUUGAAUAUUAUUAUGAAAAACAAAAAACUUAUUUACAUCUAUUGUAUAUUGUAUUAUGAUACGAGUACUUAUAAACAUACUUAAAUCGAAAAACGAAAAUCGAAAAUCGAAGAACAACAACAACGAAGAUGAAAAGCAACAGUAAAAGCAAAAAGCAAUAAUAACAGCAACGAAAAUAGUAAACAAAAAGCAAUUGAGCAAAUGAGAGCAAUAGCAAUAGCGAAUUACUUCUAAGGUAACCAAAAAAGUAUUAUAGCGCAUGUAUCUAUGGGUAAAUAUUUGGAAAUCGUUAAACUAUUGCGAUAAGUAAGCGAAACCAAAAUAUUUAUGGCACUAUAUACACACACCACAAGUAUAGCAUAAUAAAUAUAUACUUCUAUAUAUAUACAUUAUACAUAUAUAUACAUACAUAUAUCUAUAAAUAUAUGAGAAUACAAAUUUAGCUUUUAGUUUACCAGCAACAAAAAAAAAAUCAUGAACAUAAAUGCGCAAAUGCAAAUGCAAACAAAACGUGCAAAAACGUGAAUGAAAUAAACCGUAGCAACUUUUUUGGAUUUAGCUGCAUAAUGAAUUGAUUAAACGAUUAUUAGUUAUCGAUAUAUACACAUACAUAGUACAUAUAACGGUAGAGUUGUUUUUUGGCAUAUUGUUAUCGCAACUUUUGUGCUGCUUUUGACGAGACCAAUUGAUGUACUUUAUACAACGAAAAAAAAUAACGAUUUAAACGAAAACCCAAAAAAAAAAACAAAAUGGAACCCAAUAUGAAGAAGAAUUGAGAAUUAAAGUAAACUCAUCUUAUGUUUUUGCAUAGGUGCAUAUUGUUGCGAUAGAUUUACAAAAACAACAAAACACAUAUAAGCAAUACCUAUUUUGAACCAAGAAACACAGACACACAAAAACACACACACACACACAGACACAGCAAUACCUAGAAGAGAUAGUUGAUGGAGUUACUGCGUAGUAAAUAAAUCAUUUUAACUUGUAUUUAGAGCACACAAAAACGUAAUGUAGCAUUGUAGAAAAGUAGCGUUGCAAUUAAUUAUUAUUAUUAACAAAAAGAAAAACAAGAAGAUGAACAACAACAAAAAGAACAAGAACAA